AUCAAGUCAACUUUGAGAAAAGGGAAUGUCAACCACUUCUGUGUGUUUUGGUGUAGCGUUAGCAGAGUUUGCAUAGUUUAAGCGAGAUAAAUUGCUUUCCAGUAAGCCAGUUAUAGUUGAUAAGUCAAACACUUUUCUGCUACUUUUUUUUUUUUUUUUAAACAUCCACACAGCCAUGGAGAGGGGACUACUCUGUCGGACAUCACUCUGGGGAAAGAAGUCCGUUUUUUGGGUUUUCUCCGUUUUGCUCUGCAUUAGUGGAGGUGAAGGCGAGAUGUCCCGUGCCCACCCCACCCUCAGUGUUUCAGCGACCCACCUGAACUACAUCUGUCCCGAGGGUACUACGGUCCAGAUGGUGUGCGCCCAGAAAGGAGUCACCUUGCACCACAGUGAUGUCUUGAAGCAUGCCUGGCUCUACACCCCCCACAGAGAGCAGCAGUGUACGGGACGGACAGGCCCGCGCCAUAUUGUCGUGGGCGGUCAUUCCCAUGGCAACCACAGCUUGCCGGCAGGGCUUAAAUUUGGAUCAUCAGAGCUCAACUUCUGGGUGAUUCUGCAGAAUUUGACCCACGCCGACCAAGGUCGUUACUGCUGUAUGGUGCUGGACAUAGAGAAGGGCCGCAAACACGGCACCAUCGUGCAGAGACCCCACAGCCACAUCACCCUCCAAGUAACACCACGAAGCAAUGGAUCUCUAAACUGCACUGUCCAGGAUCCCUCUCAAACUGGAGGCUUCGCUCCAGUGGCCGGGGCCAUAGCAGCCUUCAUCUUGACUCUGCUUUUCCUGCCUCUUAUUAUGGUGCUUGUGUACAAACAGAGGCAGAGCACCCAUUCGAGUAGACGUGCACAGGAGCUGGUGAGGAUGGACAGUGAGGCUCUUGGACAUGAGAACCCUGUGUUUCUUGGAGGAUCUCCGCAGAUUAAGACCCGGACAGUUUCUCAAAUCAUGACCAGGCAAUCCUCAGAGACAGGACGCCACCUGUUGUCCGAGCCCGGAACCCCCCUCUCUCCUCCUGCACAUGGGGAUGUAUUCUUCCCAAUAGAAGACACCAUCUUUGAAACUCAAGACUUCAUGCAGGUUUAAAGGGGCUGGAACCUGCUGACCUGGAAACAGUCCUGCUACUCUCUUCCUCUUCUUGCUGCCUCCAGUGCGAUGUUGCCCUUAUCAGCUGUCUCACAAUAACCUCUGCUGGGAUCUUCGUCUGUACAUUGUCUGGACCGCUGGAGGGACCAGACUGCCGUUUUUAUUUAAAAACAAUUUCCACCUGCAACAACAGCUGGAGGCCAAAAGCAAACUUCUGCCGGUGUGCAGUUGAGAUGUUGGUUUGUGUGUGAUGUUACGUCUACACACUGACAAUGACUCCGGGACCAACAGGUGCCCGCUGCUUGAGAAAAAUCCAGAGUGGAUGGGGGUCCACCGUGUGAGGGGUGGCAUGUCAAAAGGGAUACAACUUGUUCUGUGGAUUCAAAGAGCACCUAGUUUAAACAAACUAUGAUAUUUGCUUGUCUGUGUCGUUUAUUUAGGCUGGUGUGCACUCUGUGAUUCAAUCUGGUGCAGACCCAAUCUGCUCUGGUGCGGUUUGUCUGUGGUGCGGAUGCAAAGACAACCAAACAUACGAUUAUGUGGUAGAAAGUAAAUGACAAUAAUCUCAAUAACGUGACCAAAUUGACAUAAUCCAUUUGAUGGAUGAAACUUUCAAGGAAGGAUUUGGUAAACAUAACGAUUCCUACAUUACGACGUUGAAUACAUAUUAUUUAUCACUGGCUGUCAGAUAAUGGAGUCCAUGUCCAAUAAAUAAUGACAAUCACUUAAACUCUUCAAGGGGUCAUUAGGAACACCAAAAGGACCGAAAGUAAAAUACAACAAUUCAUAUUUAUUUUUCUAGUAAGUUACCAAAGGCUCUCUAUGAUCCCUACCUUUAGAGCAAAGUGCUUCAAUAGCUUCAUACCAAAGGAGGAUACAAAGUGUAUUCACAAGUUGAAAGUGUUUUUAAAGCAUUACAGACUUCCUCUGUAUCAUUCCACUAGACCACAGCUUAUUUUCUCUUCCCUCUUUGCUACCUCAGUUACUGUCACCUCUGCUGCUCUAAAUACUCUCCUUACUUCCUACUAUCAGAAACGCAGCACUUCACAGUGGCUUUAAACAUUCAAAUGUUUUUGUAUUAAUAAUUGUUCAUGAAUCUCAUUCCUGCUCAUGUAAAGUUAAGAGAUCAUGAAUAAAAUGAUGAUUAUUUUUGUCCUGAAUGUAACAGAUUUCUAUAAGAAAACAGUAUCAUAGAACUGCCAGCUGUUUAAUCACUGCCAUCUCAACACUGUUUUGUCUUCUUUUAUUUGGUUUAAUUGACAACAUGUGUAUAUAAGUGUUCAUUCAUAUGUGUGAGCAUGCAAUGUGAUGUUAACGAGUAAAUACUAUUAAGCAAACAUGGCUUAAUGGCAUUCAAAUUGUUAACCAUAUCAUAUUGAGGUCGAUUGAGAGAGAACAAGAAGUUCUUGGUAAUGACUGUUAUGUGAAUGCCUAUUACGUAGGCUGUGUGUGACUGUGAGAAACCACUGGUGGUUAUUUCAUAUUGAGGUUAAAUGUGUACAGCAGGUGCUUAGCGGAAAUCAUCUCAAAAUGAUAUGUAGCAGGUAAGUAGGACAGGGUAUCUUUCUAUUUUAAAUUUGAAUUCUUUGAUAAAAAGUGGCAUCAAGGUUUUUAAAUGUGUGAAUUUGAGUAUGUGUGUAUGUGUGUGUACUUGGGUUGAAGCUUCAAGAAUAGGUUUGUGGUUUGGUGGUCUGUGUGUGCAUACUCGCAUGCAAUUCUGCAUCUGAAUGUUUGAAAGCAUGUUUUAUACUGUACAAAGCUUGCAUUGGACGCAGACAUGGAGGAGUGCUGCAAUAGCCUUUUUGUUUUACAGUUUAUAUUGCAUUUAAAUAGCGUUGGUUGUAGCUUGUAUAAUAAAGUGGAGCUCUUAAAACCUUAAA